AUGUUACGUAAUACAUCGCUUGGAAACACGAGUGAAGCAAACAUCACUACCGAGGGCUCGCAAUAUUUGCAAAUACCAUUGGGGGUGAACAUCUUCCUGCUUAGCAUCCAGGCCGCCCUUGGUGUAUUAGGUGUGGUCGGAAAUAUCCUGGUCUGUGUGACUAUUGUGAGAAGAACAAGCAAACUAUCUGCUUUGAGUCCGUAUCUACUGAGUCUGGCAUGCGCGGAUCUUGGAAUUUUGUUGUUCAAUCAUCCUAUAGUGAUCUUGCGAAUUCAACUUCGAAGUCGCUGGAUCCUCGGUAAAGUGAUAUGUUUGUACGUUAAUACCUUCAAAGAGACGUUCUUCAGUGCUUCCAUUUGGACUAUAACAGCGAUUGCUGCUGAGCGUUACUUAAACACUUCUAGGAAGACCAAAAAGAUACGUCUUGGACAAAGGAAAUCGUUGAAGAAACGGGCCUGCUUCAUCAUAACCGCGAUAUGGAUUAUAUCGUUCGGCGUUACAUCUAUCCCUGCGUUUAUCCACGUGGAGUACCAUUCUAAUAACAGCUCUCACAGUAGAUGCGCAAGCACCGCUUCGCUUACUUUUAAUCGCAUUCUUGUGACAGUCAACGCCAUAAUACUGUACGUCCUUCCUCUAGGCCUUAUAGCUUUAAGCUACCAAAGCAUAAGCAAAAGAGUGGCUAAAAGAUCUGAAGCCCUUCUAGCUGGGACGCCAAGCUGUUCUCGCGAAGCAACUUGUUCGAAUACCAGGGCCAUUCUGAUCCAAACCAGAAAAACCCAGCGGAUUCUCAAGCCGCUGGUCAUUGUGUUCGCAGCCACAAUGCUGCCUCUCCACAUAUUCGCGCUGGCCGCUUCAUAUUGGACACUAUUGAGCCGUCAAAGUUAUUUUUACGUUCUUUUCACGAUGGUCAACAUAUCAAUUGCCGUCAAUGCAGCGGCGGACCCGCUUGUUUACUGUGUGGUGAACGAAAAUUUUCGUGUAGAAAUGAAAGCUGCCUUAUAUGGUUGCUUCCGAUGCCAGAAUACCAAGACUGUCCGAGAAAGACACUCCCUCGUUACGACGGUCACAGUUCGAUCUAGAGCCACAAAUAACUCAAUGGUACUUUGUAACGAGGAAACAAACUUGUGAAAAUAAGCCGAGUGUACUGAAACCAGUAUAAAUCAAGCAUAAUGGCGUUCUUUUUGGUGACGUGGUCUGGAUUACUGAAACCAGUCAAAACUUAGCAAAACCAUACUGGGUUUAAAAGCAAAGCAAUGAAAUUCCGAGUCCCUUUAAACAACCCUGUAAUUUGGGUUUGUUUGUUUGUUGGCUUAAAAACUAUAACCUUUUAAUAAAAUGUUACCAUUAAUACAAGCUUCAGGACGAGAAAUAUUGCUGGUGUUUUAAUGCAUGACUUAACACCAGCGCAAUUAUCAAACCGGCAACAAAAUUAAAAACAUUAUAUAUUUACAAUACUGAAAACCCGGGGGGGAGGGGUACUCCCAUACAUUACCUAUACGGGUAUGUGCCGCCCAACGGGGUCGUGAUUUUGAAGCUCCUAAUUUAGAAAGGGGCAUCCAUUUCAGAGGCGUUUUCUAGAACGGAGUAUAAAAAAUUGUGGAUCACGGCUUUAUCUUCUGCUUAAAAUUGUUGCUGAUUGUAAAGAAGCAUUUAUUUGAUGUAUAAGUCGAACAAAUAAAGAAAUAUCUUUUAAAAAAUAGGGGCUGUUUCAAUUUACAAACUUUCUAGAACGGAGUAUAAAAAAUUGGCCCAUUUCUAGAACGGAGUAUCAGUUUUAGGGGAAAAUUUUUUUAGAACGGGGUGCCAAUUUGGAGUCCCGGGCGGCACAUACCCACCCAAAAAAUACCCAAGUGCCCCCCACCCCUCCCCCGGGACUGAAAACGGCCUGACUAUGGAGCAAUGAAUAAUAUAGAAAGUAUUGAACAACGAGAGGAAAAACUAAAACAAGCUGGAAUGGUAGCUUGUCGAAUUGCUAAAUUAAAUAGUAAACAAUUGUCAACGAUUUCUAAAGUGUUUUUGUAGAUUCUUUAUUUAAACAUAAAAUUAAAGUAGCAGCUACAAAACACAAAGUCUUUAUCUCAGCUCUUUGAAGAUUUGAAAGCUUCUGAAAGCGGCUUUAAAUUUUUAAUUGCAGUUUGUUUGUCUUAAAAUUCUGUGAGAUUAUUUACAUUGAGAAAAAGUCAGCUGCCUCACUUGGUUCUCAUUUGUAAGAAACAUGACGUAGUUGUAUUGUUAACGAAUGACAUCAAUUAAACCUGCGCCGUCAAAGUUACUUUAUCUCACUUAUAGUAUGUUUGUUUUUGUUUCUACCACCCGACUGCAUGACUUGUUUUAUGAAAAAAGAAAAAGAAAUCAAAAGUAAAAUAGAACUUAGGACACAAACAUAAAAAUUUCCUUAAAGAAUUGAAUUGAUUUAAGAGCUCACGAGACAUGUAACAAACAAGGGCAGUAGUAUUACUGUUUCUACUUUUCUUUGAAUGAAUAAUUUUGUGACCUUAUAUUACCGGUACCUCUUAUUAUUGCCUGCGUGCAGACGUCUCCUAUUUCCUUUGUUGCACGCUGUCCCUUUUCCGCGUGCAACAAAGGAAAUAGGAGACGUCUGCACGCAGGCAACUCUUAUUAUUCAUUCAAAAUAUUUUCGCGAUUCUGAUUGGCUAAAAGCACAGGCAUAAUUCACCAUAACCAGCUACUGAUGACCUAAUUUGGAAGAAUUUUGCGAUUAAUCAACCGAUGACGUCAAACGUGCAGCUUCCUUGCAGGUUAAUGCACUUUAACCGAGAAGACCUGGGGAUGAGGUUGAGUUGUUUUGGUUGUGAAAACAAAAAUGGCGUUCAUUUCACUUGUUUCAAGAGUAAGAACUAGGCGAAAUAAUAGCUAAAAACAUGGUAAGAACAGCAAGAAGACAACUCGAAAGGCGACAUUUGCUAUUUGGAGAAUAUUUUCGAAGAUGAACUUAACAUCGAUGAAGGUAAGCAUGUUUUAGCUAUGUUUUUAAAGUAGGAAUUAUUUUGAAGGAAUAAUAAAACAAUUAUUGAAUUCACCUCGGCCUAAGGCCUCAACGGAUAACACCCUCCUCGAUCUCCAUAAUUCUUUGUAACAUACUCAGCCUCAUUCAUUAAUUGUUAAUUAUUUCAGCAUUUUUAUAAUCUUGAUGCAUCUUUUUUUUUUUUUUUAUUAAGGUUGGGUUAUCACAAGUAGAAAAAGAGAGCGCCUUUGUUUUCUUUAAAUGGCCGGGUGUUUAAGCAUUCACAGAAAUUUCUCAUUAAAAUGCCCUGUAUGGCAGUUUACGUUUUCUCUUUGCUGUGCAGUACAGUAAUUCGUGGAAGUCUCUGAAAAAUAUUUUUCACAGAACCUACCACAAUUAACUCUUCGAGCGAAAAAUACCAUUCACAACCUAUCCCUUAACUUCUCUCACAUUCUCCUACUUUACAGGGCCUUCCAAAAAAAAAAAAAAUCAACAAUCCCCGUUACAUAAAGGUUCCACAAAUUACCUAUUUAAGCCUUUUGCUGGCCCCUCUCCACACAAGGUAAAGCAUUCAUCCUGGCCUCAUCCCAAAGUUAUUUUGUAAAAAAAGUUCCCGCUGCCGAGAUAUACGGCUGCAAGUAAAAUAGGUAAUGCCGUCAUUUCGCUGCCAUGACGACUCCAAUGCCAUUGCAACCCUGAUCAUAACAAAUUUUCAUCUUUAUCUAGUACAGCCGUGGUGGUAAUUUUUCCCAAAUCUUUGUUAAUGGCGACGUAGUUAAUGCUCAAACUUGGCCGCUAUUGUCCCAGAAAAACCCCAUCCAGCCACCUUAAUGCGGGAGACACUGGGACCUUCUUCUGUUCACUUCCUUGUGCGCUUAUUCUUACUUGCGUUCCUCAUGAGGUAGGUACGCCACAGCCGCGGGUUCUAACCGCCGAGGUCAAAUGUUCAUCUCGCAAAAUAGCGCUUACAGCACGGGACGGCGAAAAAAACAUGACACAUGACUCAUUUAACAUUUUCUUCAAACUUUUAUUGAAAUAUUUGCUGUAAAUUCUGCAUUUUGGAACAAAUUAUAGCCACUGUAUUGUUCAUAUGUAUUUCUUCUAUAAAUUUCAAUCAACAACGGCCCCCAAACAGAGGGUGGUAUGCCUGUGGUCAAAUGAAAGAUAUUAGUGCAACAGAAAUAUGAAAAGUGGAAUUUAAAAAAAUAAAAAAGGAAAAAAAGAGCACUCGUGCACUUGAAUAGUAGUGCGUGAUCUCAUAACGCUUCGAUGGAUUUUAAUUAGUGUGACGUAACGCAGCUGAUCGACCCGGGAGUGUUGUAUCAAUUGCCUCAGCGUGAUUCAGCAUCCAUUGUCGUGGAUUCGUGGAUUCUAUGAUUUUUUUAAGUGCUUAAAUCUGAAGAGAGACUGCAUGUGAAACGAUAUCGAGAUACAACGGGGAGAAAUAAAGUAAAAUGUUUUGGUCAAUUUGGUCUAUAAAAGCGGGAAAAAUUGAAAUAAAGCGCGCGUAAUUUUGGACGGAGCAAACUCCUAAUUGUAGCAGUAAACAACACGCUCGCUAACCAUGUUACUGAGAAUGGUUUAGGCGACUUAAAAAACACCGGUGUUGCUGUACGGUGGUAGUAAUAACUAACCUUUGAAAAGCGAAACAAAAUUCACUAUUCUUGCAGAAUGGCGGGAUUUUUCAUUGUAUUAAGUAAAGCACAAGACAUUCAUUACUAACUAACCUGAGAUCAGGCCCAAUUUUAGCGGUUCUCAUACAUUCUCUCUAACGGCCUGCGCUAAAAAUCUCUUUUCGUUUCGCCAUGCCCGCCGGAAUGUAAUUUUCAAAGCGAAACGAAAAUAGAGCCUGAUCUCAGGUUAAUUACUAAUAAACUGUCUGCUGACUGUAAUGUACUGAGAGAAAGGGCACCGCAGCCUUUGACUAAAAACUUUUACUGAGAAACAAAUCAGUUGGGCUUGUUGCAAUUUCCUAGUCUAUUAUUUUUUAUUAAAUGUGACAAGGAACUUAACUUCAGUUUACGUGACAAAAGGCUUAAACGACAGUGCCAUAGGGAUCUUAUGAGAUAGUAUGGCUCUCAUUUUAAUUUGUUUAAACUCGGUGAAAAACAAAUUCUUUCUGCAUCCCGCACUCUUUUGUGACGAAAAGAACCUCAUAAUGCAAAUAUUAAUUAAACAAACGUAUUCAUCUCUCUGUAAAUUAAGUAAUAACCUGUGAAGUGUGAAGUUGUUUGCUAGUUGUUUGAAAUACUCUAGACGUGAUCAAAUCUAACAAGACAAAAGAUUUCAUAAGGUGCUAAGAAGAUCAUAUGGUUCCACGCUCCAUGCAAAGCUAUACAAAGUACAGUCUGUAAAAAGCCCCACACGGUCGAAUUGUAGUGGUUUUUUUUGCACGUUUUCAAAUAAAUGAUUUAUCUCAGCUGGAGCAUCUAUUGACGUACUCUUUGCCGAGAAAGGAUAUCUUGAGUUGACUGUACUGAAGUGCUCAUAAUAUCUGAGGUAUGUUAUAUUUGUUAAUAGUUAACUGCAUUUAAUCGAUAUCAAACGGAUUUUCGCAUUGCUCGCAUUUCUUUGCAGAAACCUCAAGUGGUGUGGUCACAUGUUUGCAAGCCGUGCGGUAAAGUACGAGGUCUCUUGUCAUGUGUUUUGGAGUCCGUCUUGUCAUAG